GAUAAACUAUAGUUACUUCCUUGUGGUCAGGUGUAUAUAGCUGCUCCCCUUUCUCCAACAGAACAGAACCUACCAGAGAUUCCUUAUACAUCAGGAGAGUAUCACCAUGACGAUGUUGACCAUAUUUCUGCUUCUCAGCGCUGCCUUUACUCUGGGUGAUGCAAGGGAUCUGAAUGACACAGAGAAUCAAAUUAUUGAGAACCUGAUACGCAACCUGCCAAUCGAGUCUGAGGAGAUGGGAGCGAAGGAGAAAGGAGGACUACAAACCAGGAGUUCAUCAUGCCCACCUGGUUGGCACAGAUAUGAGACACACUGCUAUCACUACGUCCCCAUCAUGGCCAAAUGGCCAGAGGCAGAGCAUUACUGUUUGCUAUUGGGAGGUAACCUGGCGUCAGUGCACAGCCUCUCCCAGUAUAACUUCCUUCAGUCAGUCAUCCAAAGUAGUGCCAACGGAGCCCAGCGCACCUGGAUUGGAGCCAACGAUGCCAUCAAGGAGGGUCUUUGGCUGUGGAGCGAUGGGUCCAGGUUUAGCUACCAGAACUGGGGCAAGGGGCAACCUGAUAACUACAUCCUAGUUGCUGGGAACGACAACACGAAUGGCCGUGAGCAUUGUAUGGAGAUGAACUAUGGAGGGGACUUCGGGCAGAAUGAUGCAGCCUGUUGGAUGCAAAUUCCAUUCAUGUGUUCCAGAAAGCUGUAAUAUCGACCGAUUGGGAGAGAAUUCAUGUUCUAACGUUACUCCCCUCAUGUUUAGUGCACUUUGAGAUUUUUGCUGAUUUUAAUGUGAUUCUAUUGCCUUAUCUUGAUGAUUAUUGCUAAUUAUGUAAAGUGACUUUGGGUCUCUUGAAAAGCUCUUAAAAUAACAUUUCUAAAAUGUAUUAUUAUUACAUCUGAGAGGCUCUCAGGCGAUGGGAUUCUUCACUAAAGUCAGUCUGUAAUAUUUGCUAUUGUUCAGUGGUAAUUUUGGCAAAACCCCCCAGAGAAUUCUCAUGGGUGGCUCCAGGGAGGGGGUUGCCUUUGCAGAAGCACCCUCAUGAAACAAUGUAUUAGUAUGUAUAUACAUGUAAACCCUUGAUUUCAAGCACCCCUUUGCAAUGACCGAACCUACCCCUUAGUUAGGCUCUCGGCAUAUGGGAUUAUUUUAACCAAGGAUGGUGUUGGGUGCUAGAUAUUGCUGUAUAUCUGGCCAAAUACACUUACUAUGAAAAAUAUGAUGUUGAAACGGCUGAUUAGAUUAAAAGUAACUCUGGGAGCUAACUGGCCUGUCAGCCUUGUGGGUUUCGAGGACUGUAAUGAGCUCAGCUGCCACAGUCGAGUUCAGAUGCAUUUUACUCCGGGCUGAGGCUAGGCCAGAUCUGGGCUGGAUGGAAGAAUGGAAAAACGCACAUUUGCUACAGGAGUUCCUCAAACACACAAAGCCAACCAGCGUGCCAGACACCCCUCCCUGCAUCCCUGCCGUCAAAUCCACUCGUCCCCCUAAAGAGGCAGCUGAUAUGACUUAAGUGCUCUCCGUCUGGCUGCGUGGUGGAGAGUGGGUUAUGGAGACGAGGGGUGCUCCAUCUCCCUGCCAUGCACUCAGACUGUAGCUGGCUGGAGACAUACCUGUUUACUGCACCGUAAAGUAGGGCAUGGAUGGCAACCAUGCCAUGGGGGAGGGGGAAUAACAAAUGGAAAACGCAUCAUGGUAGUGCAGAAUACUGUACCCUGCAGUGUUUCGUAGCUACAUGGGUUGAUGUUGUGUGUCAUACUCAUGUGGGUGUUGUCUCAAGAGAUGCCUGUAUGUAUGCUUGCAGGUAGAUAGCCUGUAGGUAGAUAGCCUACACACCGUUCACUAGAGAUUUGACUACUACAGUAUGACAUUUCUGCUGAGACAAAAUAUUACAUGCAUGACAGAGUGCAUGCCUGCUUGCACGCAAGUACAUAUAUUGGUAGCCCACAUAGAGUACACUUGAUUAGUCCUGCCCAGGAGAAUCUCCAGAAUUAUACCAAAAUAUUACCUCUGAUGGAGCGUGGAAUUCCACCAGUCACCAGAGGGCGGCAGAGACCGUCCUAGAGACAUUAACGACACUCAGGUGUGUCCAAUUCACUCAUGAUUUCCCUGUUAAAAGAGGUGUGUUUUCUGUUGUCCUUUGCAGAAGCUAGAAUUGUUUACUGUGGUCGGGUCGGUCGGUCGGUCGGUCGGUCGGUCGGUCGGUCGGUCGGUCGGUCGGUCGGUCGGUCGGUCGGUCGCUGAGUGAUUUUUCGAGACUUGUUGUUGUUGGUUCCCCCUACGUGUACUGUGAUCCUGCGGCUACUGUUCCUCAGGAAAGUAUGUUUAUCCUUAACCACUGAUUCCUCAUCUGGUGUCUUCUCUGCACCUGGGUCCAUCCUUAUGUCACAGGAAUACCAGUUGAAACUAGUUUGGUUUACAUUCUGACGUACAGUACCAGUCAAAAGUUUGGACACACCUACUCAUUCAAUGGUUUUUCUUUAUUUUUACUAUUUUCUACAUUGUAUUAUAACUCACCUGCAGUCUUUCAAACAUUGUUCAAUGACAAAGUCAUCAAAACUAUUAAAUAACACAUGGAAUCAUGUAGUAACCAAAAAAGUGUUAAACAAAUCAAAAUAUAUUUUGUAUUUGAGAUUCUUCAAAGUA